AAAACAAAUAAUUCACACAAAAUGCCUUCAACAACGCUCAAACGACGAUGGACCGAAGACGGCAUGCGCGGGAGGACGCCCAAGAAGCCAAAGAAAGUAAAGCGCCAGCUCGAAUACCACAGCUCCAGCUCAGAAGAUGAAGGCGACGCCAAUUCCGACGACGAAGUCGCAAAACCCUCAGAAGUAUCAGACGUAAACUCCAUCCCACAAUCGGCAACUCGAAAGCCAAAGCCUAUACUCAAAGCAACCGACGCACCGCCUGCCACCGCUCCACUCGACCAAGAAGAGGAAGUAGUCUCAGAUGAAGACCUCGAAGGCUCAAUCCCCUCCUCCGCCUCAGAAGCCGAUCUCGACGACCUCGACCUCAACGACUCCUUCGACGAAGAAGAACAAAAUGCCGACUCCGAAAAUGCCUCGGGCUCUGAUGAUGGAGAAGACGACGGGGUAGCUCGUCCUCAGAAGCAAAAAUCUAAACGCAACGACCCCUCCGCCUUCGCAAAUUCCAUGUCCCAUAUUCUCUCCUCAAAACUCAGUCACGCCAAGCGUGCCGAUCCACUCCUCUCCCGCUCCGCCACAGCGGCUGAGACGUCCCGAUCGCUCACUGAGUCCCGGCUAGAAGCGAAAGCGCGGUCGAAGCUGCGCGAGGAGAAGCGGGUCGCUAAGGAGAAGGGUAGGAUAAAGGACGUCCUGGGUGUGAGUGCGGUAGACGUAGACACGGGCAAGGUGUUGGAGGAGGACAAGAGGUUGAUGAAGACAGCGCAGAGGGGUGUGAUCCAUAUGUUCAAUGCGUUUAGAGCGGCACAGGUGAAGGGUGAGGAGGCGGCGAAGAGUGCGCAGAAAGAGGGUGUAGUCGGAAUGUCGAAGAGAGAGGAAAGGGUGAGCGAGAUGUCGAAGCAGGGCUUUUUGGAUAUGAUUGCGGGAGGUGGGAAGAAGAAGGAGCAAAGUGUGGAGGUUUGAGAUGAGAAUAGUGAAAAUGUCAAAGCGUUGGGAAGUUAGGCGUCGAAAUAGGCUGGGAAAGCUGUUGGCCUUGCUGGACUAGCUGUCCAUCGUAGCUCGUAGUUGAUAUGAAGUAGCUAUGAAGUUCCUUUUGUCCUCCUAGAACUCUCGAAAUGAUCAUGACUGCUGCCAAU